AUUGUUUUAAGGAAUAUGUAUAUUUAUAUGUUCAGAGCAAGCCGUGUGCAGAAAAUUGGUUAAUUAACUGUCAAACAGUACAAGUUACAGCUUUGCUUGCUACUUAUUUGCUUUGAUUGUUAAUAACAGCAAGAAAAAUAAAAUGGGACGUCGGAAAUAGCAAUAUACUACCCCUAAAACUCACAAGUUUCUUAGCCUGACAGGAAAAUGUCACGGAAUGGGUGGAAAACAUGAAGUGGUACCCUCUUGAGAAUAGAAGUAAAUUAUUUAGAGGAAGAUCACAUACAAAUGUUCAAGAACCAGAAUUAAGUGAAGAAUCUCGAAGCAUUUUUCAGCUACCUACAAAUAGCUCCUAUAAGGGUCGCGAAGAUAGAGCUAGGCUAAUUAUAGCACCCACAGAGGCAUUGAAAAUGUUAUUUUUACGGCACCCCAAACGCUACUGGAAUGGGAAGAUACUUUAACAUGUGGUACCAUGUCAAGAACGUACUGCCAUUCAUUUCACAGUGGUUUUCUUAGUAUAGGUGUAAUAGGAACUUGUGGAAUACUUUAUCAGUUUUCACUCUAUAAAUGAACUAGAUUCUGUCUGUAGCUAUUAAAUGCAUCACUUUCUCAAGUAAGCUACGGUUCCCCUAUAAAAUAUUAUUUUCUCAAAUAGAAUCCAUUUGUGAUCUUAAUUAUCAAGCUUACGUCAGUUGCGUGGCAACACUGAUAAUUAACUCAGUGUUGCUAGCACCAGUUUUACUGUUUUGUAAGUAAUUACGUUUAAUUAUUAUUAAGGAAAAUAAUAUGUAAGAACAUGUGUAUAGCCUUUGUACUACGUUGCAAUCGAGAUGGUUCUACUCCUAUGUUACGUAUUAUCUCCUUGUGUAUUGCAACUUUUUGUUUAUUGAUCUUUGAGUCUUGAAAAGAAAAAUGACAUUUGGCUAUUCGAGCAGGUAGAAUGGAAGUGGUUUUUAAGUUGUUUUGUGAUUGUAGUACUCGUUUCGUUUUUUGUGGCCUUUCAUGAUGAUAUGUAUGUUGGCGUUUGGUUUGGCUCUCAGUAGCGUGUGAUCGUCUGGGAAAGUUUGAUUCUAAUCGUGCGAGAUAGAAGAGGAAGAACAGUUGAUCACCAUGUUGGAAGCAGAGGCACCACAAAGUUCGAGUACCGGAGAAUCGCUAUUGACUGAGAAUGCCAGAUUGGAGAACAAGGUGGCACAGCUCAGCAGGGAGAAGGAGGAGCUGCUGCGCAAGGUGGCCCACUACGAGGAGUACACCAAGCGCCUGUGCACAAUGCUGAGGAAGCUGAAGGGCUCGAUCGACGGCCUCGCGGGCCAGAGUGCGUUGAUCGGUGAAGCCCUGUCAUACAGCUGCGAGGCCGAGAACAGUGAGCAGAAUGAAGAAAAUGUCGUCCCUGAACAGCCGCAGAUCCAGGCAAAGAAACAAAUGCAGACAGCUUCUGUUCUGCCCAUGGUUCGUGGGUUUCCCAUAAGGCGCAUAAUUGUGCCACUGCAGAGGUUAAACAUCAAUUCCCACAGGCACCGGCCAAACAGAAUUCAUGGGCACAGGAGAGAGCCGUGGUGGCGCGAGACAGAGCCGGAGACACCGGAGCCGCUGCAGGAGACGCACCCGCACCCCCACCGGCCAGGCCAUGGCCAGCGGGUGCCAGUGCGGCGGCUGCAGAGGGUGGAGCGGCGCCCACACCGUGCCGUCGUCCGGCCGCGGUCCCGGCCCGGCGCGCGCAGGCGGCAGGAGGCUGCCGUCGUGGAGCGGGCUGGCGCACAGAACCGCAGGGGCGGUUCAUCUCACCAGAUGCUGCAGGCAGUUGUUUUGCUGCAGCGGCUGUCCUUAACGCAGCACCAGCAACAGCAACAGCAGAGAAGGGAGCAGGAAUCUCAGCCCUCGCAAGCAGACGGCAUACGCACACCAGUCGUAAUGCUGAGAGACAUCUCGACAACUGUGCAGGUUGGGGAUAGGGUGACUCCGAAACUGGAGGAGCCUGCAGCAGCAACCAGUGUAAAGAUGAAGCCCACAGAGGGGAGUUCCGCCGUCCCGUCAGUCCUAGAGGAGGGCGACAGAGUGGGUCUGGACGUUGCCCGAGCAGGGCCAUCAGGCUGGGCAGGUGUCGUGCUGCCUGCCCCUACAGAAGCUGACACGGUAGCUGUGGCCGGUGAGGCCGCCGGUGGAUCACAGUCGGAAGAUACCGGUGCAGCUCCAUCAGAUGGGCCAGAGGCUGAAGUGGGACCCUGCCAGGAACUGCCCCCUGUUCUCACACCUGCUGAACAAGGAGAAUUCACAGUGAGUGCAGAAGAAGCAGUGGGUGAGAAAGCCGCCGAGCCACCACCGCCUCCCCUCUCUCCGUCUCCAUUGUGUGGUGGUGGACACCCAGCUGGGGCUGCGGCCAAUGAAGGGGAGGCUCCUGAGGAUGAAGGUGGAGCUCUGCUGCGUCCUGAGACAAUUCUGUCAGAGAUGGAAGCAAUGCCAAGCAGUGAAACUGAAACAGGUGUUGACGCAAGUGCAUCUGAUGACACUUUAGUUGCCCAGCCAGAACCUGCUCAUCUGCAUAAUGGUGAUACAACCACAUCGGGACAGAAUGAGGAAGAGCCAUCAGAUCCAGUUUCUACACCAUCCAGCAGCCGCAAAAGGAAGGCAUCUGCCUCUGUGGACAGCCCUGAAAAGUGUAGCGGGUCACCUCGGUCUGAUGUGGAAAGAGAACAGUCACCGCAUUCUGAAACUGAACAGGGUUCCCGCCCCAGGAGAAGAUGUGCAAUCAGGACAAACUAUGCUCUUUUUUUUGCAGGAUGGAAUGCUGAUUAAGACAACAAAGGAAGAACACAGUUUUAGUAAGAAACUAUAUUAUUGUCUGGUACAUAAUACUGGAACUGUACAGUAUUAAAUAUAUGAGCAAAUGCUUAAUGUACUUAUUAUAAUUUCUGCUCUGGUGGAGAAUGUGUGUGCACCAAUGAAAUUCAGAUUAUUAAAAAUUUUUAGUAUGGUGCAAAACAUGUAUUGCUUUUCAUGAAAUUGUUGAUUUGCUUGGGCAGCUUAGAACAUGCUUUAAUAUAAAUGAAAAGUUACAUAGUGCCAUAUAAGAUAACAAAUGGCAAAGACAUAUUAUAUAGCUUUUUGUGUAGGGUAUGCAAACCCAAAGUCACCGUGACCCUCGAGUAAGGGAGAAAGAAACCCUUUCGAAAGCUCCUGCUUUUCAGGCAGUAAUAAUAUCACCUACGUUGAUUACUUCUCUUUAUUUUUAUGUCAUCGUUUAACAUUAAAUAUUACGUGGCAUCAGAAAUGAAAUUAAUGUGCAUUGUUACUUCAUUACCAGAAAACUGAAAAUAUUUAUGUAAUUAUGAGAAUAUUUUGAGCUAUUUUGUUUUUUUAUACUCUUAAAAAGUUGAGAAUUGUGAAGCACUUUUGUAAUUACUGUUACAAACAAGUAGAUUAAAGAAAGCUUUUAUUUGCACCAUAUUGUAUUAAUGUAACGUAAAUAAAAUAAUGCUUCAGUCGGAAA